UUGCGGUUGUUUACAUUAGCAGCGCAGUAGCCGACAUGAUUUUUCUUCGACCACCAGAAAGAAAAGCUACUAAAGUCCGACGGAAAAGAAAAAAACCGCCGUCGGAAAAUGAUGAAGGACUCUUUAUGGGCAUCUUACAAACACUGCUUAAUCUGGGAUUCAUCAUACUCGUUUUCACUAUUGCAUCCUCAAGAGGAGAAUGGAUCUUAGAUGUAAUCCGAUAUUUCCAAAGCAAGGACAACACAACGAAGCUCCUCUCCUCAAUAGACGAGUACCUGUUUAUUCCGAACAUACAGUGGCCAGAGCUCAAACCUGUUCAGAGUUUGCCAAAGUUUCUCCUCUAUUCGGCAGUUCUCUCGGUUUUCGUGUACAAUAUCCUGGCUGGACUCUGGUAUUGGCUGUUCUACAGUGGUAAACAAAGAAAGGGUUUUGGGGACAUUGAAGAAGAUUCUACAAUCUUCAAUGACGUUAUUCUCAGUUCCUUCAAUAUUGCAUUGGGAUCUGUUGUUUGUGCCCUGAUUUCGUGGUACAUUCCAAUUAAACAGUAUGCCUACUUGUAUUACGAUAUUUCAAACCGAGGCUGGAUAUACUUUUCUGUGUCAGUUCCAGCGCUAUUUCUUUACCACGAAGUUAUGACUUAUUAUCGACACCGGGCGCUUCACGCUCCUGUGUUGUAUAGAACUGUUCAUUUUUGGCGCCACUGGCCUAAGCAGACGACAUGGAGUCUGUAUGUGAUGCAUCCUGUGGAACUUGUUCUUUUGGUUUUACAGAUCGUUCUACCCAUUUAUCUGUUCCCUGUCCAUAAUGCUCUAUAUAUACUGGUCUCAACGUAUGCCAUAUACACGGAUUUAAUGUUUCACUCCAACAAAAAUAUCUUUCAACAGAAUCAUCGAAAACAUAAAAACGUUAAUUUUGGAGCCAGUACUAUGCUGAUGGACUGGGCUUGUGGAACACUGAGACGUGAUAUAUACGACCACGCAAUGUGUACUGAUCCGAGCACCCUCAGUGGAGGAGCUCGUAACAAGGAGGACUAGUCAAAUGGCUUUCAUUGACUCUGUGUGAAUAAGCACUUAUUAGAAUGUACUUAUAUAUAGAUCUACAGUAUUGCUAUUAUUGGUUAUUUAUUAUGUUACAUAUUAUUACACUCUAUAUGUGUACAAUAAUUUGUUAAAUAUUACAAGUGUAUUGUAGUGUAGGAAAAACAGAUGAUACAAAAACCAUCCAAUGGUUGUUUAAAUCGCGUAUAGAGAGUAAAAUUGCAUUAAACCCCUGUGCAUUUAUAUUGAUAAAUCUGAUUUAUCAUAUGAACACAAUGAUAUUCAAGAACAAUAAUUAUAAUUUCUGUAGGUUCAAAUGUUAUGUGUUUAUAUAUUGCUGAUAAAACUAUGUUGAAUAACAGUAGUUUGAAUAAUUUUUUGUUCGUAUAUUAAUAAUGUGUGUUUAAUUAGAGAUCUCUGAAUUAAAUUGAAU